AUGCGGUCGCAUAAUAGCAAUGCGGGCUGCAUAGCUGCUGCAGAAACAGGAGGAGCAGCGGGCAAGAACGGGGUAAGUAUUUUAGUUGAUAGGGAUCUCAGGAAAUUGGUGGUGGAUGUUAGGAGGGUGAGUGAUAGGCUAGUGGUUCGUGGGGUCACUUUUAACGUGAUUAGCGCUUAUGCGCCUCAGGUGGGCCUGGGCGAGGAGGUCAAAAGGUGCUUCUGGGAUGAUUUAGAUGAGGUUGUGUAUGGUAUUCCACACUCCGAGCAGCUCGUCCUUGGGGGUGAUUUUAAUGGCCAUACUGGGGUGACUUCUAAGGGUUAUGAUGAGGUGCAUGGCGGGUUCUGUUUCGGAGUUAGAAAUGAGGGCGGUACCUCUUUGUUGGAUUUUGCUAAAGUGUUUGACCUGAUGUUAGCUAAUUCGUGUUUCCAGAAGAGGGAGGAACACUUGGUCAAUUUCUGGAGUAAGGUUGCAAGGACUUGGAUUGAUUACCUUCUCCUUAGGAGGGGUGAUAGGAGCAUGUGUACUGAUUGCAAGGUUAUCCCGAGUGAGUGUCUGUCGACACAACAUAGACUCCUGGUAAUGGACUUGUAG